AUGAUCAACCCUCAGAUAUACCGCCACUAUAACUACACGGGCAAGCUGGACCACCGGCCGACCGUCGGCACGAGUCCCAGCACCGUGGGCACCAAAACCAUCGUGUUCCUCCUCAUAUGCAGCUUCAUCGUCCUGGAGAACCUCACCGUGCUGGUGGCCAUAUGGAGGAACCACAGGUUCCACAACCGCAUGUACUUCUUCAUCGGCAACCUGGCGCUGUGCGACAUGCUGGCCGGAGUCGCUUACCUGGUCAACCUGCUCCUGUCAGGCGAGAAGACCCUGCAGCUGUCCCCCGCUCUCUGGUUUGUCAGAGAGGGAAGCAUGUUUGUUGCACUUGGCGCCUCCAUUUUCAGUCUCCUGGCUAUUGCUAUCGAGCGACACCUGACUAUGAUCAAAAUGAGGCCUUACGAUGCCAAUAAGAACUACCGAGUGUUCCUGCUGAUCGGGACCUGCUGGCUGAUUGCUAUAUCUCUUGGGGCUUUGCCUAUUCUAGGCUGGAACUGCCUGGACAACCUCCCCGAUUGCUCCACAGUACUCCCUCUCUAUUCUAAGAAAUAUGUAGCUUUUUGUAUCACGGUUUUCAUGGUUUUGCUCUUGGCCAUCGCAGUCCUUUACGCCCGCAUCUACAUCCUGGUUAAGUCCAGCAGCCAAAAAGUGAGCAAGAACAGAAACUCUGAGCACGCGAUGUCCCUGCUGCGCACCGUCAUCAUCGUGGUCGGGGUCUUCAUCGCCUGCUGGACGCCCAUCUUCAUCCUGCUCCUGGUGGAUGUGGCAUGCGAGCAGCGCUGCCCCAUCCUCUACAAGGCGGACUGGUUCAUCGCUGUGGCCGUGCUCAACUCAGCCAUGAACCCAGUGAUUUACACUCUGGCCAGCCGCGAGAUGAGAGGGGCCUUCCUGGGACUGGUGUGCGGCGUCUGCUACGGGGGGAAGGCGUCCGCCAACGGCAGCGGCAACAGGCGGUCUCUGGAGCCCAGCCGCAGCAAGUCGUGGAGCAGCCAGAACAACCCCAACCAGAACCAGCAGAGCAUCAGGCGGGCGGAGCUGGAGAAAGGCCGGGAGACGGACACGGUGGUCUCAGUGGUGGCGGGAGGGGCGGCUCAUGCCGUCAUUGAGAGCGACAGGAAGGACUGA